AUGAGGUGCUUCUUUUUCUCUCUUGGAGACAAGAAAGAGGAGCAGAGGAGUCCGAAACCGGUUUCACCGACGUCUAACUUCUCUGACCGUGGAGUAAGCAAGAGCGGCGGGUCGGAUUUUAGUCCUCGGGAUGCCUCUGGGACGAGUACGGUGUCAUCCACUGGGAGGAACUCGAACCCGAACAUGUCCGGUAGAGAGAAUAACCUCAGAGAGUUCACCAUUGCUGAUCUUAAAUCCGCUACAAAGAAUUUUAGCCGGUCUGGUAUGAUAGGGGAAGGUGGUUUCGGUUGUGUCUAUUGGGGAACUAUCAAGAACUUAGAAGACCCGUCAAAGAAAAUUGAAGUUGCGGUUAAACAGCUUGGCAAAAGAGGGUUGCAGGGUCAUAAGGAAUGGGUGACUGAAGUUAACUUUCUUGGGGUAGUCGAGCAUCCAAACUUGGUGAAAUUGUUGGGUCAUUGCGCAGAAGACGAUGAACGUGGAAUCCAAAGGCUUUUGGUUUAUGAAUAUAUGCCAAACCAAAGUGUCGAGUUCCAUUUAGCUCCUCGGUCACCAACAGUACUUACUUGGGACCUUAGACUGAGAAUAGCCCAAGACGCAGCUCGGGGUUUAACAUACCUCCACGAAGAAAUGGACUUCCAAAUAAUAUUCCGCGAUUUCAAGUCCUCCAACAUUCUGUUAGACGAGGAUUGGAAAGCAAAGCUUUCGGAUUUCGGUUUGGCUCGCUUAGGUCCUUCACCAGGAUCAACCCAUGUUUCUACUGGUGUAGUAGGAACAAUGGGUUACGCAGCUCCAGAAUAUAUCCAAACCGGUCGUCUCACGUCAAAAAGCGAUGUAUGGGGUUACGGAGUAUUCAUAUACGAGCUCAUAACAGGAAGGAGGCCGCUAGACAAGAACAGGCCUAAAGGAGAGCAGAAGCUUCUAGAAUGGGUGAGACCUUACUUAACUGACACAAAAAGGUUCAGGCUUAUAGUAGACCCGAGGCUCGAAGGGAAAUACUUGAUCAAAUCGGUCCAGAGACUAGCGGUUGUAGCCAAUCUUUGCCUUGCUAGGAACCCAAAGGUGCGUCCAAAGAUGAGUGAGGUGUUAGAGAUGGUGACAAAGAUUGUGGAAGCUUCUUCGCCUGGGAAUGGUAGAAAGACGCAGCAGCUCGUUCCGCUGAAGAGUCUAGAAGCUUCUAGAGACGAGGAAGAGAAGAACAAGAAGGUUCUUGAUGGUUGUGAAGGAAGUUGGUUAGAAAAAUUAUGGAACCCAAAGAAUGUGAGAGCUUGUUGA